GAUCUUCUGGGUCCGGCGGGCAAGUCAGUUGUUAUUCAGCUGGCGAACUGCUUGAAAAUCGUGCUGCGUUCCAUAACUACAAUGGCCACCUAUGAACAGGUUAAGGAUGUACCCAACCAUCCGGAAGUCUAUCUUAUCGACGUCCGACGAAAGGAUGAGCUUCAGCAGACGGGCAGCAUUCCAGCUAGUUUAAAUAUACCCUUGGAUGAGCUGGACAAGGCUUUCAAUCUGGAUGCUAAUGCUUUCAAGAACAAAUAUGGAAGAUCAAAGCCGGAAAAAGGAUCUAGGAUCAUAUUCACCUGCCGGUCGGGAAAUCGUGUUAUAGAAGCUGAGAAAAUUGCCAAGGGCCAAGGAUACUCCAAUGUGGUUCUCUACAAAGGAUCGUGGAAUGAGUGGGCCCAAAAGGAAGGACUUUAAACGUAACAGAUUUUAUAACCAUUUGGAUUUUAAAUUAUUUGUUAAAUAAAAAAGCACAUGGAAAAUGGGUAUUGAAAUAAAUGCGAGCUUAUAAAACUA